UGCGCUGCAACGUACAUAACAACAAGUCAUGCAGAAGUCUGCCACGCGUUUUGCUCCGUCUGACUGGCACGUCGCUAAUCGUAUCCAAUCAACAACAGCCAUAAAACAACGAGAUGUGGCUCACGACUUUCGUCAAUCGUCCCAUCGUCUUCGUAACGACACAGACUGUCACACAACGUGGACGCAGCACAGUUCGAAUAAGAAACUAGAAAAACGUUUCAGUGAUAUAGAAAAAUGGAAAGAGUCACUUGAAAAAUGUCUGACAGCGGUCGAGACGGAAAUCGAGUGUCUGAGCGAGCACAAAGAGCGAAGUGAAAGAGCAUUGGAUGCGAAGAGUGUGCCAACUGAAGUUGUAUGGGAUUGUAUGACAAUGAGAGAGGGAAGGAUGGCCAUUGAUCUUGUGAGAGACGAGGUAGAAGCACAACUGCAUAAGGAGCUUGAAGUAGUUGAAGCCAUCAAGUCAAUGUUGCUGCAAAAAGUUAUGGAAGCUUAUGAACAGCUUUGUGUGUUGCAGGAGGCUCGACAGCAACUGCAGCUCGAUCUGACAGACAAGCAGACAGCGUUUGAUAUUGAUAAUGAUUGUAAGGGAAUGACUAAUGAGUCAGGAAACAUAAGCUUUCAUGCAAACUCUACACGAAUUGAAAAGGGUGUUGUUACACCUGACACGUGGGACUCAUUCUCCAAUUACAACAGCAUAAGAGCUAAUGCCGAAAUGAAGGGGUCCACUGCUCUUCGUGAAGCUAUUAACUACACAGUGCAGCAGACCAGCAGUGAUCUCGACACUCAGAGACUUGCGACUGAUAGAGCUUUCCGUAAACGAAUCCACGAAAUCAAACAGGCAAUCAGUGAGCUGGAAUGGCAGCGACACAAUACACAGGAGGAGAUAUCUGAUGUGCAGACAGAAAUAGAGAGGCUUCAGAAGUCCAUCCAGAACAAGGAACCUCCUAUGAUGGUUGCUCAAACUCGACUCGAGAACCGAACGUUUCGGCCCAAUGUUGAGUUGUGUCGUGACGAAGCUCAAUAUGGACUCGUGGAAGAAGUCUCUGAGAUUGCAGGGUCAACACAAAGUCUCCUUGAGAAGCUAGCUGUUGCUGAACACACGCUGUCUACACUGCAGAGGACAUUAGCCAGGAUUGAAAACGAUUUGGGUGUGAAAACAAGUUCUCGUGACAUUGACAAUCAGUGUAUGGAGAUACGAGCGAAGUUAACUCAGAAUGGGAUGCAUGGAAGGCACCUGGGACGUGAAAAAUGACAUUUGAAUGAUAUCUCAUUAAACACUAGAGUAGCUACUCGUCAGUACUCAAACUCAAACCCAAAGUAUGAAGUGUCGAAAUUAUGAAUACGUACAUACCCAUCUUCUCCACCACUGCUGUAGCUGAAAGAAAUGCAAUAAUAAUAAUGAUGAUGAGAUCA